CGAUCGAAACCGUGGAACACGCGGAGAAUCAACCAUGCCAACGAGUUCAACCGUUGCGGAUCCUAUUUUAACUCUUAUCGUCUCCGUUCAACCUUUUACCCUUUCGUAUUCUCCUUUUUACCGCAACUCGAUAUUCUACGCUAUGACGUCACGAGAAUUUCAUGGAGGAUCAUACGGGUCCACCUACAGGCAUUAUCUCGAUACGUCGUUCAGAAUGAAUACAUUUACGGGAGAGAGAUCGUAUAUGCAACGUUGUUUCGAAUAUUGUUUUCUCCCUUCGGGAACGUAAACGUACGCGCGUCGCUCGAAAAGUUCGAACGGUUUACGAUUUUUUAACGUUGAAACAUUAUGUUUGUUGAAUUGUAUGUAUAGUUUAUUGUAUCUCUGUUGUCGAUUACUGUUCCGUCCAAUCCAGUGUAGUAAACUGGAUGUUUCGUACUUCUAUUAAAUGUACGUUGCACUUGGAAAUAUACGUAUGAAAAAAACAAUGUAAAUUGUUAAUCGUACGAAGCGAACGAAUAAUUCCAGUUCUCCCAAUCCUUGAUCGCUGUCGAUUCUUCUUUCGAUUAUCGACGUUCCUACUUACGACGAACCACGUAAUGAUUUUAAUUCGGGAAAGUUUACGCGAAAUUACGAAGAUGAAUGCGAAGAGGCAACGAGAAGCCCCCCACGUACCUUUCAUGAAAAUUCACCGAUCGAUGCAAUUAACCUAUUAGCGCACGCAACACGAGAAACAAUUGUAACCGCGUGCGAAGCAUUAUCGUAAACUAUACUAUCAGAAGGCCGAAAUUUUUGUAAUUGUUGAAACGUGUCGAAUGCCGAAUCAUCGCUCCUUCCUGUCAAACAACUUCGAUACUGUUAUGCUCGGUUUAUCAAUAUAAUGAAACGUUAGAUAUGGGUAAUUUGCAAGAAUAAUUACGCAAAUAACGAUACACGUGUAUUGUUAUCAGUUUCUUGGGUACGAGUAUAAAAGAGAACAGCAAGAAGAAGCAAACGGACAGUCAAGCGAGACGAUUUACCUACUGUGCACGCGUUUUCGUCCGACAAUACGACAUGAGUUUGUUGAACGAACCCGAACCGCAGGUAUCCUGCUUGCAUCCAUUCACGGGAGGACCCCAGCUUAUGGAUGUUUGCACCGCGAGCAACGGAAUUCUGUUUCUAACUGCAUUAAACACUCUGUUGGUUCGAAACUCGAAAAUUGGUGAACCGUGUGGACGUAUCAAACCGGUUACUAGUCCAGCUAGUAGUUAUGAUUUCAUCGUCGUCGGUGGAGGAGCUGCUGGAGCGGCAGUGGCGGGAAGGUUGAGCGAAAUAGAAGAUUGGAACGUUCUCCUACUCGAAGCGGGCCCCGACGAACCGGCAGGAUCCGAAGUACCCGCCAAUCUUCUGCUCUAUCACGGCACCGAAUUGGAUUGGAAUUACAAAACGACGAACGAGUCGUUCGCUUGCCUGAGCAGCAACGGUAGCUGCACUUGGCCUCGAGGAAAGAAUUUGGGAGGAACCACCAUACAUCAUGGAAUGGCCUAUCAUCGAGGACACCCGAAGGAUUACGAAAGAUGGACCAAACUUGGUGUCGAAGGAUGGUCUUGGGAGGAGGUUUUACAGUACUACCUAAAGUCGGAGGAUAACAAAGAAAUCGAUCGAGUUGGCACGAAGUACCAUAGUACCGGAGGACCUAUGUCCGUCCAGAGAUUUCCCUAUCAGCCUCCGUUUGCCAACGACAUUCUUAAAGCGGCCGAAGAACAAGGCUUUGGCGUCAUCGACGAUUUAGCUGGACCUAAGCUCCUGGGUUUCACGGUAGCUCAAACUAUCAGCGAAAAUGGAGUAAGGCAGAGCAGCGCAAGAUCGUUCCUUGUACCGGUCGCGCAUCGUCCGAAUCUUCACGUAGCCGUGAACGCGACUGUCACGAAAGUCAGGACAAUUGGAAAGAGGGCGACCGGUGUGGAAGUUAUAUUGAAUGGAAAGAAACAUAUCAUUAGAGCGAAACGAGAGGUGGUCUUGUCGGCUGGUGCGAUAAAUUCGCCUCAAUUGUUGCUGUUGUCCGGAAUUGGACCAAAAGAACAUCUCAAGUCCGUAAAGAUUCCCGUCGUACACGAUCUGCCAGGAGUCGGAGAAAAUCUUCAUAACCAUCAGUCGUACGGGCUUGAUUUUACCGUAAACGAGCCAUACUAUCCGAUGUUGAACGAAUCCAGCGCGGCACAGUACGUUCACAACCAAACUGGACCUUUGGCCGGCACAGGUUUGGCCCAGGUUACCGGUAUGGUGGCAUCCAGUCUUACGACUCCGGACGAUCCAGACAUUCAGAUAUUCUUUUCCGGUUACCAAGCCACGUGUUCGCCUAAGCUAGCGAUCGCGGACUUGUCGACGUACGACAAUCUGAUGACUGUGAGAUCCUCGGCAGUCAACCUACGGCCAACGAGCAGAGGUCGCAUCACUCUCAAGGACAAAAAUCCACUGUCCCCGCCCGUUAUCUGGAGUAACGACAUCGGAACUGACCACGACGUUAACGUCAUAGUCGAUGGACUUCACGCUAUCUUGAAAUUAGCCAACAGCUCGGCAAUGAAGGAAGUUGGUUUGACUCUGAAACAUCGGCCCAUAGAAGCUUGCUCUCAGCACGCGUUAUUCAGUGACGACUACUGGAAAUGCGCUAUUCGCUGGGAUUCCAGGCCGGAAAAUCAUCAGACCGGCAGCUGCAGAAUGGGUGCCGAUUCGGAUCCAAUGGCAGUGCUUGACAGUCGAUUGAGAGUACGCGGUAUGAAAGGACUUCGAGUUGCGGAUGCGUCCUCUAUUCCACAAGUAGUGUCGGGCAAUCCAGUUGCUUCGAUCAACAUGGUUGGCGAACGAGCAGCGGACUUCAUCAAACAGGACUGGGGUAUCGCAACACAGUAGAACCACCAGUGAAACGUGACUAU